UUUCCUCCUCUGACGUGUUGUUUAUCUUCCAUUGGGUGUAAAAUAUGUUGAUGAGAUUAGGAAAUCAUUGUUCUGGUUUUACUUAUAUUUUACAACUUUUGAUGUAAAAGAGAAAUAACCCCCCGAUGUGCAGAAAGUGUAGAAAAAGAGGGGGAAUGGUUGAUGUGUUCAUCCAGUCAGUGUGCAGCCAGCUGAGGGAGGAGAGAAAGGAGGAGACGGGGGUGCGCACUACAUCUGACGUCAGAAUCUGGUUGCAAAGAAAAGCUGAGAAGCUUCACAUUAGCUCCAGAUCAGUCCUUCAAGCAGAGACCUGCUCAUUUUGGUCCAGAGCUAAACGGCGGCUGCGAUCUCCUCAGCCUGGGGCUGAACCAGGACUAUGACGGGAAGCCGUGAAGCAGCUCUGCGCGAGCCCAAGGCUCUCCACUGAAUCGUCACGUUAACGCAGAAAGUGAAAAUGGGAAGCGCGAGCGAAGACUUGCUGGUCACACUACAGAUCCUGCCAGGCUUCUUCUCCAACUGUCUCUUCCUGGCUCUGUACGACUCCGUGGUUCUGGUGAAGCGGGUCGUGACGCUGCUCAGCUGCUCGCGCUCCGCCGGCUGCGGAGAGUGGCGCCGCAUGCUGACCUCCGCGGGGCUGCGCUCCGUCUGGAACAGCUUCGUCCUGGACGCACACAAGCAGGUGAAAUUUGGCUGUGAAGCACCAAACUCAAAGGUGGUGAAGGUUCCUGAUGGGCCUCGGUGGAGCAGCGGGAUCAGUAACAUGACUAAUGGCCCUCGAGGCACCAGGACCCAGACUCUGGACGAGUGUCGCCUUCUGGAUUUUGAGUCGUCAGAUCGCCCUCUGGUGGUCAACUUUGGCUCAGCCACCUGACCCCCCUUCAUCAGCCACUUGCCAGCUUUCCGGCAGCUAGUGGAGGACUUCAGCGAUGUGGCCGAUUUCCUGUUAGUCUACAUCGAUGAGGCCCACCCAUCCGACGGCUGGGUGGCCCCAAAAAUGGGCCCUUGCUCUUUCAGCUUCCGGAAACACCAGAACCUGGAGGAGAGGAUGGGAGCGGCACGCCAACUCAUCGAGCACUUUUCCCUGCCGCCGCAGUGCCAGUUGGUGGCUGACUGCAUGGACAACAACGCUAAUGUUGCUUACGGUGUGGCCAACGAACGGGUGUGCAUCGUGCACCAAAGAAAGAUCGCCUACCUGGGCGGGAAGGGACCGUUCUUUUACAACCUGAAGGAUGUGCGCCAGUGGCUGGAACAGAGUUACGGGAGGCGGUAGGAGUAAAGAAAGACAAGGAAAGAGGAGGACAUGUGCCUUUGUUCAGACACCUUAUAUGAAUCCUGGUGUGGAUGUGCAGAUGGAGACGGGAACACACCCAGCUGGCAGUCUGUAUUCACACCAACUUUUGCUGCUAUAAUCAUUUUUCACUUGAUUUACAAAAGAAAAAGGCAAUUUCUCAAUUCAUUUUUAUUUUUAAAUGAAUCAUUUUUUAAUUGUUUGAAUAAGAUUUCAAUAUUUUUACGGUCUGUAAGUUUUAUGCACUACACCAACAGCUUCUUCCAUCAUUCAUCCCGAACAUAGAGCUUCAUUCUCCAGCUCGUGUUUAUAAAACUGAAUCAAAGUAGAUUAAAUGUGGCUUUUGAGUGAACGUGAAGACGUCUGUGAAAGUAAAAUCCAUCCAGUCCAUCUCUGAUUCAGAAACACUAGCAGCAGGUAUCUUGUUUCGGAUUCUCCUUUGAGGAUUUCUCCAGAUUUAAUUUCACUCCCGGCUCACACGGAGAUCGUCAUGGCGACAGUUGUGUUCUCUGAUUUGCAUUGUUUGGCUUGCAGCUGGGAUGGCCUUUAGUCUGACAAACAAAAAGCUCAGUUUUAGUCUCAUCAGGCCAAUAACAUCAUUUCCCGGCUUGCUAAGAAAACACUAACAUAUUUUCCAACAUUCCUCCUGUCAAACUCACCAUAUGUCAUGUGAGUUUCCUAAGAAGCUUUGUCUUUCUCAUUAAGGGAAGCCCUGCCUCCCUCUGACUCACAAGAUUUGCAGCUGUGUCAAACUUUGUUUCCACUGUUAGAAUUACACAAUAAAUUCCCUCCAAAUGGCUCCUCCAGAGUAGCACAUUGUGACUUUAUCAGAUGUGCACGAUUAGCUUGAUGAUUAGCUAAAAAUGACCUGAGUCACUACAGAUAGUGUCAUUCAUGUUUGGACUUCACUGUGGGAUGAUUUACUGUCCGUAUCUGAAUCUGGAAGUCCUCCAAGCCGCAGUAGAAAUUCAACACAUCAGCUUAAACUAUUGUACUGAAAAUGAAAUAUUCAUAUAAACACAUUUAACAGCUACAAGCCAGUAAAUAAAGGAGCUUCUCCGCUGGUUUUUCCAGGUCUGGGGCAUCUGUUUAAUGUGGUGAUCUUUGCUUGCAGGAAUCACAUCGCUGUGAAAAUUGUUUGAAUUCUGAAACUUUUGUUCUUGCAGCCAACAAAAUUUAACUUAUUGACUUCACAUUACUGGAGGGAGGGGAGUCCAACAUGCAGCCAUUUAACCUGAGUUACUGAGGCUGCAAACUUGCAUCGGUUCUCCUCUCUGAUGAUUGUUAAUUUACAGCCAUUCAGCAGAUGCUUUCUCCAAAGCGACUCUGUGGACAGUGUCUUCCACUCAUGGCCUUGAAAUAUUUUUUAUAAUUUCUGCCAAGUUAAUCUGAGCUGUUUUUUCCCAGUCUGAUACAAAACGGAUCCAGGCCGGUUUUAUUGUCAGCAUGAACAUACCUAUAUUUGUACAAUAUGAAUGCUGACUAAUGAAACCAGUGUUGGUAUUUUACAUAAGAACAGUGAUGAAACAUAUUUAUCAUUUCUGUUGUGUCGGUACGAGACGGGUCAGGAAGCAUUUCUUAGUCUUUCCAGAGGCAAAACAUGGGAAGGAUACGAGAAUAUCCAACUCAAACCAUCCUACUCUUUUGGGAAUAUUCCGCUGGGGUCCCAAUCUUACUGGUCCAACCCUAAAGGGUGAAGCCUGGCACGCUGCAAUCAUCACUUCCUGCAUGACUCAGCAAUUAGAACAAAACAGGCACAGCUUCAUGUUUAAAUAUACGGUGGAUUUAUUGUUGUUUAAAGCCACAAAACACAAAGAAAGAAGAAAACCUGCUGGAUCAUCAUUCUGCUCCUUUGUUUAUGGGUCGGCUUCUUCUACGUUAAAGUUCAAGACGCACUUCGCACUGUCUGGCUUAUACGCCAAGACAACAGAGAUCAGGGUUUAUCAAAACCAACCCAACCGGUACUAACCCAGACCUGCUGGGGGAAACGGAGGUAAAGCCUCGGUUGCUUCAGUAUUGUGAUGGCGCCACGCUGUAGGCAAAAGUAGCUCAACUUUUCUCUCCAUAUCUGAAACCAGUCUGAUCGUUUUAUGAUAGUCUGAACAGCAUCAGAUCAAAUAUAAACUAUAUUAUAUGAUCAUUUUCUCAGCUCUGAUUGCACAACAACCAUAUUUACGUCCGUAAACACAACAUGCUGCAUGUGACGUUAAUUUUUUUUUAUCAGGACCAUAAACUUCGUAAUGAAGUCAGAUGAAGGUCACGCAUUAAAUUAUAAAGUCAACAGCUAUGCAAAAAAAAAAAAAAAAAAAAAAAAAUCAUCAGCUCCAGACCUCUUGGACCAGAGUCCUGCAGGUUUUAGAUGUUUCCCUGCAGGGAUCACCAACUCUGGACCUCUUGGACCAGAGUCCUGCAGGUUUUCCAACAGCUUGUUGUCAUGUUCUGCACACGCCUCUUUAUGACCAAGUGAUUUCAGUCGAAUGUGUUGCAGCAAGGAAACAUCUAAAACCUAAAUCGGCCCAAGAAGUCUAGUGAUCUCCACCUUAGUGGAGCGAUGAUCUGUCUGCACAUCCAACUCAUUUCCAUGAAGAAACACAUUUACUGCUUUUUUAGGAAAACACCUGGUUCAACAGGUUUCACUUACGUUGUGAAUCCACACAGCAGAUAAAACUGGCCUCGUUCCACCUCAGGCUGUCCCAGGAGUGAAAGGCUGGAUGUGGAAAGUAAGCUUUGUUUGCAUUGCUCAGUCAGACUAGUUUCCAGCGGGUGUGGCACUCAUCGGGGCUCCUCUUCAUUUUAAAACCGUUGUGGACAGAACCGAAGUGGCAGUGGCUUUCCAGACGGGUCGGGUUAGGACUGCAUCUUUGCUUUAUGCAAAUGAUGUAGAUGAGAUUCCGCACCUCCAGGUCUGAGGUCAAGUGGAGGAGUUUAAGUAUGUCUGGGUUUUCUUAAAGAGUUGGGGGACAUCAUAUUGGAAAACUGUUUUGCAGAUUUGGGCAAUAACUAAUUCCUCUGAGGGAGUUACUGGGCUCGAGUGAUCCGGUGAUAAACUCUGAGGUGCUCAGAUUGGAGUUAUCCUCUGCAUAAGAAAAGACAUUUAUCUUUAUAUUAGAGAAACUCAGAACCUGCUGGAAAGAUUAUCUUUCUUAGCUGGAGGGGCUGGAGGAGGUGGGUUGGAUGAGGGAACUCUGGAGAUCUCUGCUCAGACCGUUGCCCUUGGUAACUGUCCCAGACAAACAUCAGUAAAUGGACGGAUGGAUCUGAGGUCAUUUUAUUUUUCACUAUGCAAGCCACAUUAAAUCUACACACACACCACAGCUACACACAGUUAAUGAUAGUAGAUGUGUCAGCAAUGACAGUCGUAGACUACUAAUUAGAUUUACAGGGUUUGUUUAGGAGGAAACUCCGUUUCAGGAAGUUUUAGGCAGAAAGUCAGCCAGAGUGAUUGCAAUUCUAAUCACAGUGCUGCCUUCAGGAACAGGGUUUCCUCCUUGGUCCUGCUUGCUGCUGCACAAGUUCAGUUUGGGAAAUAAAUACUAACUUCACCUUUUCAGCUUCUAUACUGACUUUUUCUUUCUUCAUGGAACUGGACACGUCGGAGUGAACAGCUGAACAUCAGUUACCGUGAUGCUGAGACGGGUUCAGAGCAGGAUUACUCAGGACAGAUGGAUUGCUCUGCUCACAGUGAUCAAGGUGUACAAAUGAAAACCUUUGACGAAAGAGUCGCCGGCUCAGUCUCUGGUUGGAUAGUGAACAUCACCUGCUCAUCAUGACGCAGAUUCAUUGCAUCUGUUUUCAUCUGAUUCCACCUUGUCUGCCGUGUUUCUCCUUCUAUGUUUAGGAUAAACUGUAUUUUUAUAUGUGAAAGGGAAAAAAUAAAACCAGCUCAAAAUAAAGGUGAAUGAAACCGUU